UCGCCGUAACGAACUGUCGGUAGACCAAGAGUGCGUAACAUGGGGCAAUCGCGUGGUUAUACCCACUUCGUUGCGACACAAGGUUCUAGAAAUGCUGCACGAAGGUCAUCCAGGGAUGACUCAAAUGAAAAUGCUGUCAAGGAGUCAUGUCUGGUGGCCUCGCUUAACGCUAGACAUAGAGCAAGCGGUGAAAGAGUGCAUCACUUGUCAGUUGUCACAGAAUGCGGCAGCUAGAGUACCACUAAUGUCAUGGGGCUGGCCAACGCGUAGAUGGCAGCGAGUUCAUCUAGAUUUUGCGCGAAGGGACCAGCAUUUCUUUUUGGUCUUAAUGGACGCUCAUUCGAAGUGGGUUGAGGUGUUUGUCAUGACAGCAACAACAAGCGAAAAGACGGUAGAGAAAUUGCGAGAUGUUUUUGCGGCCUACGGACUACCCGAGGAGAUCGUGACCGACAACGGGCCCCAAUUCACAUCGCAGCACUUCGGAACAUUCCUGAGCAGGAAUGGAAUUCGUCAUUCCAAAUCUCCUCCCUAUCACCCAGCUUCGAAUGGUAGCGCCGAACGGUGCGUUCAGACCGUCAAGAAGGACUUGUUUAAACAGAUACUAGACGAAGAAAGAAAAGGAGACAAGAAGUCCAUACAACAUCGCAUAGACCAAUUUCUCUUCAGUUAUCGCAACACCCCGUCCAGCACCACUGGUGAGACCCCGGCCCAGAUCUUCUUGUCGUGGCAGCCAAGAACCAGGCUGAGUCUGCUGCACCCUGAAAUGGAACAACGCAUGCGCGAAAGGGGAGAGCAGGCGAAGCUCCACGCAGACCAGAAACGAGGGCCAUGGAGAGACUUUAGGGAAGGCGAUCAGGUUUUGGUAAAAGGACUCCGCCCGGACGACGACAAAUGGCUGUUGGGUACAAUUGCUCAGCGGUGCAGCGCAUGCACGUACAUUGUUCGCGUCGGAGACGAGGACCGAUAAGUUCACGCUGAU